AUACAGACUGCUUCUACAAACAUUUGUGAAAGAAUGGGUUGCUCUCAGGAGUUCAGCGAAUUCAACUGUGCUACUAAAUAUUGCAUGAUCAACUGUGAGUGGUAUCAUAACAAAGUGGAAGCAACUGGGAACAACAGCAACUCAGCCAAGAAGUGGUAGGUCACAUAAAAUGACAGAGCGGGGUCAGUGCAUGCUGAAGCACACAGUGCGCAGAAGUCGCCAACUGUCUGCAGAGUCAGUAGUUAAAGACCACCAAACUUCAUGUGGCCUUCAGAUUAGCACAACAACAGUUCAUAGAGAGCUUCAUGGAAUGGGUUUCCAUGGCCGAGUAGCUGCAUCCUAGCCUGAGAUCACCAAGUGCAAUGCAAAGUGUUGGAUACAGUGGUGUAAAGCACGCUGCUACUGGACUCUA